CUACUUCUUCUUCAUUCAUUUUCAACUUUCCAGAAUCGUGAAUCGAGAAUUGCGAGAGAUCUCAUUUUCUCAUCUCUCUCGCAAUUCUCUACUUUCUCAAAUCCAACAAAUAGAUUUUAAUGUAAUAUUAGUUUAUUAAUCUACAAUGUCGAUGAUGUUUCCAUCAUUUCAAUUGCUAGAGUUGAACAUAAUCUCAGCUCAAGACUUGGCUCCCGUGGCCCGCAAGACGAAGACUUACGCGGUGGCUUGGGUUCACUCUGAACGUAAACUCACCACCCGUGUUGACUACAAUGGUGGAACAAACCCAACUUGGAAUGAUAAAUUCGUAUUUCGAGUCAACGAAGAGUUUUUAUACGCUGACACUUCCGCCGUUGUUAUCGAAAUUUACGCAUUGCAUUGGUUUCGAGAUGUUCAUGUAGGUACAGUUCGUGUCCUCAUUAGCAAUCUCAUUCCUCCUAAUCGUCGUCCUGGAUAUCGAACCAACAAUAAUGAGUAUCGUCGCACCCCACCUCCGGGAAUGAGAUUUGUUGCACUUCAAGUUCGUCGUACCUCAGGUCGACCUCAAGGGAUUUUGAACAUUGGUGUUGGAUUGCUUGAUGGUUCUAUGCGAAGUAUGCCGCUUUAUACCCAUAUGGAUUCUUCUGCUGUGGGAUACAGAGAUUUGCUUGGAGAAGAGGAUCAACAUCUACAACAUUUGCAUUUAAAUAGUAAUAAAGGAAGUUCAAAGAAUCCACAAUCUCCUUAUUCGAGGCAGUUUCAAUCUGUAAUCUCAAGGCCUGAACUCCGUCGCACAAAAAGUGAUUCAAGUUCCAUGGUAGUUUCAGAUCUUCUCAGUAGAGCUGAACGUAGCCGUUUGGCUAAUAGACAACCGGCAAGCGCAUUGGUGAGCAGUGAAUCUGAAACUUCACCCACCACGACGAAUUCUGAUGAUAAAAAAUUGAAUGGAUACUCAACUUCUAACAAAAAUCCUAAGAUUCCAAAGCAGAGGUAUGAUUCGAUUGAAUCAGACUUCAUAGAUUCAUCAUCAAUAGAGAAACUUCAUGUGGAGGCACCAAGAAGAGAGAGACAAAAAGUCAUGCCUUAUGGUUCAAACCAUCAAUCACGUAAAACACCAAAAAAUAAGGCAAUGUACGAGAAACAAAGAUCAAUAAAAGAUUAUGAUCGUGGCCAAAGUUCUCCGUACUUAUCAAGGCAUGGAACACCAUUGAGAUCAAACAUCAUCGCAUCCACUCCGAUGCGACCUAACGGAGUUGGAUCGACUCCGAUGCGAUCCAACAUCAUCGCAAUGUCACCAAUGCAUUUCAACAUGGUUGGAUCAACUACAAUGCGAACUCCCAUGAGGUCAAACAUGGCUGGAUCAACUCCAAUGAGGUCAAACAUUAUCGGAUCUACACCAAUGCGAUCAAACUACAUGGCUACGCCGAUGAAAACUCAUCAUGAUUUUGGUACACCAAUGAGAAAUUUUGCCGGAAGAAGAAUCUUAACUGAAUCAGAGUUAGGUCCAUCGCCAUCAGAAGUGGCUGAUAAAUUGGCAAAAAAUGGGUCGCAUGAAACAGAGAGCUUAAUACUCAGCGAAUGGAGUAUCGACGAAUCUAGCAUUGAAGGAUUACGUUCCAAGCUCGAUAGAUGGCGAAUGGAACUUCCACCAUUAUACGACAUUGGAUCAAGCCAAAUAAGCAGCAGUGAUUAUGAUAGUGCGAGCGUCCCCGCCGCAACCGCCGGUGGAGGAAUGAGUUCAAGGCGAAAAACUCCAGCAAUAAAGAAGCAUAAUCGCCGUCACACAGACGGAGGUAAUGGACCUUUUUCAUGUUUUAGUAAGAUUUGUGGUGUGGAGUGCAGUUUUGUUUGCGGUGGUGGUGGACCUGCCGACUAUGAUGGGUCUACUAAGAAAGGUGGAGCCGGACGCGUGCAUCGCACAUAUUCUGCUGAUGAUCUGAGCUUUGUGUAAUUUUUAACUUUACUGAUUUUACAUUAAAUUCGUAUUUGUACCAAAUCAUUUUUUUUUUUUUGGAAGUGGAUGAAUCAACAAUGACUAUAGUAAACAAAAUUUAAUGUUAUUGAUAAUAAUCUUGUGUAUUUUCCUUUCCUCCCUCUAUUUUAUAAAUUUAUAUAAUUUUUUACG